UGCCGGACGUGUUACUUGGGUUCCGUGUCGCCGUCAGGAGACUCCGUGGGAGGGAGAUAUGUAAACACUUUGCACAGUUUCUGUAGUUUAAUAUUCUUCUUUAGUAGUACACUUCACUCUGACUCUUCACUUACCACUAGCUUACUAUGACUGGGACUGACUCUCUCUCGCCCUCUUCUCCUAUAUAUAUCCAGAACAGUACAGUCUAGAAUAUUACAGUAUAUUUCAGAUCAUACAAGAACAUGUAGCAAAAAUAUAUGCGAGUUGGCAACACUUCCCGCCUGGCGCCUGGCCGCGCCCCGUGGGGCGCGGACGGCUCGCCUUCCUCCCCGCCCCUUUGCUCGUUUCUCCGGGAGCCUUCUAGAGGCCUAUGGUCGCCGGGGGAAGCUUCCAGCACAACACUAUCCCCCCCUCUUAAUUGUGAUCGUCCCGAUCACACACUUAACUAUGUACAAACAUAAGAGAAUUAAUCAAAAACAUAAUAAUCGUCGUAUCGCUGUGGACGCCUGCGUUGUCUCUGUCUUCUGUUCGUUGCCUCCUGCGCGUCUGUCUCUUGGUGCGCCUCGUCGUCGUCCGCUUCUUGGGGUGUCCCUGGAACAUCUGCCGAAGCCGGGAGGUUAUCUCCCUCGGCUGAAAGGGCCAGGAGGCCUACGUCGUCGUCGACCUCCUCUCGGUCCUGGACGUCCCUUGCGUUUUCGUCGGCUGGGCCGGGCGCGAGGAGUGAAUGGUGAGUAGGGCAGAGCGAGGAACCUUGCAGAGACAUGCCGCAGUACUGAAUGGAGAUAAAAAUAAUUACCGAUCCAUUGAAGAGAACAACAGUGGGACUGUAAAGCACAGCGGUGAAAAGUACCUGCCUAGAAACGCAGUUUCACAUAUCAGUUAGAGGAAUACACUUGAGAUGUCUGGACAGCAGCGGCAAGGACCGUCCAUCGCGGCCGUGGUGUGGGCGGUGAUUGCCGCCGCGACGCUGGUGCUCGGCGAGGCCAACAGGUCCAUGGACGGCGUGCCCUGCCCCCCCGCAGAAGAAAUAUAUCCCUGCACGUGCAAGGUGAAGACAAGAGGUCUGAGCAUAGCCUGCGAGAACGUGGACGAGGCCAAGGUGCUGCAGAGCAUGGGCGUCCUCAAGAACCGGUCCACAGUAGUGUAUCGCCUCAUGUUCCGAAAUUUUGACUUCCCGCGCGUGCACGACUACUCCUUCCUGGGCCUGGAGGUGCAGCACCUCACCAUGAGCAGGACCAACAUCAGCGUGGUGGAGGAGUCCGCCCUCAGGACCCUCGCUCGGGACCUGGAGACAAUCGAUCUCUCCUACAACAGCCUGAAGGCCGUCCCCACGACAGCCUUGAAGCACCUCCAGAACCUCUCCUUCCUCAACCUGAACUACAACAUGAUAAAGGUGCUCGGGCAGGCGGUCUUCAUGGGACUGAAGGCACUCGAGCGGCUGUCUCUCUACAACAACCAAAUAAGUCACAUCGAUGCAAACGCCUUCUCCGGCAUCGGCAACAAGUUGCAUCGCGUUAACCUGGGCAAGAAUCACCUGGUGGACGUGCCCGACCUCCACGCCUUGUCCAAGCUGGAGGUGUUGUCCCUCAGCGAGAACUUCAUCACCACCAUCCUCGAGGGGAGUUUCACAGGGCUGGAGAAGCUGGACAUGCUGAUGCUCGAGAACAACAAGCUGGCCGUGCUGGAGGCCAACGUCUUCAGCGAGAUCUCCAGCCUCAACUCCCUUAACCUGAAGCACAACCUGCUCACCAACAUCAGCGACUUGGCCUUCAAGGGACUGGAAGACAACUUGGAAUGGCUCGAGAUCGGCCAUAAUCGCCUGGACCACGUCCCCUCCCACGCCCUCCGUCCUCUCCACAACCUGCGCCAGCUCGACCUUGACUCCAACCGCAUCACCCACGUCUUGGAGGAUGCUUUUGAGGGCUACGGCGAGAGUCUCAAGUUCCUCAUGUUGAAUCGAAACAACAUCAGAGGGUUCCUUCCCAUGACCUUCUUUGACCUGCAUUCACUGGAGUGGCUCAAGCUUACCCACAACGACCUGACACGCCUAACGGAAGACACGGUGCAGCCCAUCCUCGACACCCUCACCAUGAUAGACCUCUCACACAACCCCCUGGAGUGCGAUUGUGACCUCAUGUGGCUCACGCACUGGCUGCAGGAGUUCACACGACGCGAGACCUUCACUGCCCUGGCCCCCCACACCUGCACGCGCCGGAAGAAGCGUACCUACAACAUCAUCCAGCUGAGCGCGUCCGAACUGGGCUGUCCGGAAUACAAUCAGAUCGGGGGUUCGGCCUCCUCCCCGCCGAUGGUGUCAGGCCUCACCGUGUGUAUGCUGCUGGCUUCCUUGCGCUUUUAGACCCCAGUCUCCGUCAAGCCAGGGACGAGGCUGGGGCUGGGAGUGGCAUUUUGAUCUGCUGUGUGUAGACACAGCAACACGAAAAAAUAGAUUUGUCCACAGUCGUUGAUUCCAGUCUAUUCAUAUUUUGAAUAAAUUUAUAAUUUACCUGUUUGAAAUAGGAAAAACAUGCUAGUUUUCCACAAAUAUAUAUAUAGAACAUCAGUAAAAUCAUGACCUUCAUCGUUCCCGAAUUACUAAAUUGACAUUAACUAGUGUUCCUUACAAAGCGGUGUAAUACAGGCUUUUUCAUGGGUUUCGUUCGGCCGAAGUUCUCUUCAACUAUGUGAUCCAAGGACGAGCAGUUGGAUGCAGCAAGACGCAAGACGCAGCGAGAUCGUCGCCCAUAGCGGAGGAUCCAAAGCCUUGCAAGGCAACAGAUGUUCUGAUGUCAUUUUAAGACUGACCAUUCAUAGAUGGGCUACCCCAAAGCGGAGAACACACCGUCAGAGUAUUCGGAGCAUCUAAUCAAACUACUCACACCAAAAUUACACCACCGGCGGCACCUACUGUUGUGUAUCAUUAAUUUUUCUUUGGUUUAUUUAGGAGGGUUCUUGAAAGAGGUAAUGAUAUUUUAGGAAUACGAUCACUUUCUGACAAACAGGUAUCAACAAAGUUAAACUAGAAAUACGCGUCGUAGCAGAUGUCUUCCUAGGUGUUCCUGCUGCACUGUUCGUCCUGCGUCUGUCUCUUCCCUGGUGCCCCUCUGGGUGUCCUACGAGUGUCCUUCCGUAAAUAUGUGUUGUAUUGGUGUAUCCAGAUCUUUGGGUGACUCUUGUUAUACUAACUUUUCUUUGAGUGUGCGUGCACUUCCUCUUUGCAUAAAACAUAUCUCAUGUUACGUAACUGUUUAGUAUAGUACUUUGAAAUAUUACACCUGUUUUGUAUUAUGAAUAUAAAGUAUGUGUGGAA